CAUUGUGGUAGAACAAUGGCAGAGAGUUGUGCAAUGAUGGGUCUGCAGGCCACGGCAGGAAAACGUAAACUGGAGGGAGGUGUGGGCUGCAUGGAGUUCGACAUGGAUAUGGGCGAGAGCCCAUCGAAGUUAGGCCGAGUGGAGGGUAGCUGGUGGGCAAUGGAAGAUGGUUACACGCCCCCGCUGAGCCAAACGCCGACGUCAUAUUACGAGAUGGAAGUGAGUCCGCCAUGCCUGCAGACGAAUCCUUGUCAGCCAACAUCGGCUAGUUCCCAGCAACAGCAGCAGCAGCAGCAGCAGCAGCAGCAGCAACAGCAACAACAACAGCAUCAGUCGUCGCAGCAGCAGCAACAGCAACAACAGUCGUCGACACCAACGUCAGCGCCGCCGGCAUCCACGGUGGCCCACCUGCACCAUCAUCCGCAGCAUUAUUACCAUCAUCAACGUGGACCGGGCAGUCCGGUCGGUAACAACGGUUACAGUCAACUCUCGAGACCUCAGCCGCAGUGGGGGGCGCCUCAUCAUUACGAGCCGCCGACGAUACGGCGCGAGGAAAACGGGAAGAGUUAUCUGGAGCUCGGCUCGAGUUACCGAGCGAACGAGAGGUGCUGCGAGGGCUCGAGGUCGAGUUGGUGUCGACGCGGCAGAGCCUGUUACAGACAAAGGCGGCUAGCCGUCCUGAACAUUUCUAUGUGCAAGCUGGCGAGGUAUCGCCAGUUCCCAGAUCCGAGCCUUCAUCGAUCGGUUCUCAUCUGCAACACGCUCAGGCAUCUGGAACGCGAGAUGGAGAGGGACAGAAGUCCGCCGCCCAUGGAGCCGGUUAUACCAGCGCCGAUCGCUCAACUCCAACCACCGGAGCAGGGCAGGCUGACGCCGUUUCCAAUGCCUCCGACAUCGUCGAAUGAAACUGACGUCGAUUCCGGUAUCGGCGACAGCGACGAUAGCCGUUCGAUCAACUGGGGCAGCGUGCUUUCUCUAUCGAGUCAGUCGCCCCUGGACCCAUUGAACAACAACGAGCUACUGGACGUCGAUAUCGGUCCGGACUUAGACUUAGACUUCAUGCCUGGAUGGAAGCUGACGCCCCUGUCCGCGGACGACAUCCUCAGGAGUACGACGGCGCAGGAGCAACACCAGCACCACCAACAGCAGCACCAUCAGCAUCAACAGCAGCAGCAACACUUAGCGCCGUCUAGCGGCAGCUGUGGCAGCAGCAACGUGGGCAGCGCCUGCGUCAGCACCGGUAGCAGCAGUAGUACGCACGAGUCGUUGAUGUGCGUUGGAUCAUAGCCCCCGAUUUUAACAUCGUUGAGUCACCUCAUCGAUUUUUACCCACUGAUGCCGCAGAGCAAAUAAAAAGCGCGGCUCGAAACAAAAAAAAAAAAACUGCAAGUCGAACCGUUGGUUGGCCUCUCUCGAAUCCAUUGACGCCUGGUUGGCCGACUCUCCAGGAGGUCUUCUUUUUCUUAUUUAUUACCGUAACGUGUCGGU